AUGUAUUUCGGAAAGGACUUCAAAGAAUUCAUAGCCCUCGGUCACGGCUCUUGGGAGGCCACCAUGCGUGGCUUUUUGAUACACUUCGCAUGCCAUGCUCUUUUAAGCGAAACAUUCGCUCCGCCAAAACGGCCCAGUGUAGAGAAGCUCAAAAGACUUUCCGACGCCACGAAAUAUUUGUAUACACCUAGGGACCCGGAGUUGGAGACGCUUGCUGUGAGACAGGCACUCCUUAGCCCGCAUACACGAGACGUUGUGCACGAUACAUGCAACCAAGCAUUGUUUGGAAAACUGCCACCGGAGAUCCAGCUCAUGAUUGCCCGAUUUACUGGGUCUGUUUGGUACUUGACCAUUCUUGCUGAAGUUCGUCCGCUGCUCGAUGAGUUAACGCCUGCUCCUCUCUAUCCUGAGCAACUGAGCUUGACAAAGUCCGUCUUUCUCAGCCGCAUAGAGUACCAGGGACGCUCUUACCUGUCAGCGAUACAUUCUAAAGCGUCAGAGAACCAGGGAAAGAAUGAGCAACAGUGCAUCGACUUACCGAACCCGAUUGACAAAAUAGUCGUCUCCGUUGAUCAUGUUGGUGUACGAGGGGUGCAAUUCUUGGGCCGGAACGCGUCCCCUGCUCCCGAUGGAUCGCCCUGGUAUGAGACGAUUGACGGCAUAUUCGUACGGGCCAUGAAAGUUAGGGGAGAUAGACCGUCGUAUGGAAGCUGUGUUUGGACUGCUCCUGACCCUCCAAACCUGAUUAUGCGGAAUAUGCGUGAUUUUAGCAAGUUUUGCCGGUUGGAGUACCUCAAAUUCACUCCCGAUGUCAGGGGCCUUCUUGUCUGUUGUGAUAACUCCGGCAUCCAGGGAAUCCACGCCUGCACAGAACUCUAUCAACCUCCUCGCUGCGUAGUGGAUUUCACUGAACGAGGUCUGGGGUCUAAAUUAAUCUUUUGGACCUACUUCCCCAUCAACUCUGGAGAGACUAUAGAGAAUGCGUGGAACUAUCAGCAUCAAGGAGGCCAAUGCAUGUCGUCCUCUUUGACAUUUCGCACAUCUCUCGGGAGGACUGUCCUUUUCGGACCUGAGCAGCCUGCUAUAUUAGCGGACACUCAUCAAUACCGCAGCCUCCGCCGCAAGGGUGACGGUUACAUCUCGGGCAUUGUCCACGACGGACUCGACCCCGACCUUGGCCCGUUCCCCAUAUGGACCUUUGGUGUUGUUUGUGAUUCUAACCGCGCCGCCAAAGACCCAGAGCCGGAGCCGCCAUUCCGCCGCUAUACUAUGCCAAGAUUUGGUCGUCCAGGCAUGCCUGGUUUCUGGUUCAUUACCGAGGCCAAGCUCGAUGGUGUUCGUCGUGUGCGGGUCUCGAGAGAUUCAAAGAAGAGUCAUAACCCGUGCAUAGGCAUGCUGCUUUACUAUGAGGACGGACAUAUUGAAUCAGUCGGCCGGGUCCACUGGAAUCUGGAAAUGGAGCGGGACAUUCAUACCCCGGUGGCUAUUUCGACUGCCUUUGGCGCCGGUACGAAAUACGUGAAGAGCAUUGUGCCUUGCAGUCCGCGGAGUCGUGCACCAGAGCUCCUGAUCCUGCCUGAGCGUGGAACAAUUGUCUGGUGGUUUAGUUAUCGCGGCGACGAGGUUGUUAUCUACGAUGAUUAA